AGCAUGAAGUGGCUUGGGCUCCUUGGGCUGGUGGCCUUCUCAGAGUGCAUAGUCAUAAUCCCGCUGACAAAGAUGAAGACCAUGCAAGACACUCCCCAAGAAAAAAACGUGUUGAAAAAUUUCCUGGAGAAACACACUUACAAACUGUCCCAGAAUUCCGCCAAUGACCCAAAAUUCACUUCUCACCCCUUGAAAACCAUGCAGGAUUUCAUCUAGGUUGGCAGCAUCGCCAUUGGAACGCCCCCUCAGGGGUUCACGGUUACGUUUGACACCGGCUCCUCUGACCUGUGGGUGCCCUCCACCCACUGCCACAGUCCGAGCUGCUUGACACACUGUCUCUUCAACCCUCACAAAUCUACCACCUUCAAGCUCCUGGACAAUCCUGUCGACCUCAUCUAUGCCUCUGGGAGGAUAAACGGAGUCCUUGGCCAAGAUGUCAUUCAGAUUGGGAACCUUCUCCACUUCAACCAGACCUUUGCCCUGAGCCAGAAGCAAUCCAAACAUUUUUUUCAAAAUGCACCUUUUGAUGGCAUCCUGGGCCUGGGCUUCCCCAGCCUUGCCAUCCAAGGAACCACUCCACUCUUUGACAACCUGAAGAAACUUGGACUUAUUCCUUACCCUCUCUUUGCCUUCUACUUGAGCUGCCGGAGGGAGAAUGGCAGUGGUGUGUUUGGUGGGGUGGACCACUCCUUCCACACGGGAAAGCUCAACUGGAUACCAGUGUCCCGAACCCACUACUGGCAGAUAACCAUGGGCCGCAUCUCCAUAAACAGGAAGGUAAUUGUUUGUAAACACGGCUGCCAGGCUAUUUUCGAUACUGGGACUACAUUCCUGCUCGACCCAAGUAGACGCAUCUCCAAAAUCCACAGGCUUAUCCGCUUCAGGCCCUUUGAAAGUCUGCAGUACACGGUUCCAUGUAACACCACCAGCACCCUGCCUCCUCUCAUCUUCACCAUCAAGGGCAUCGACUACCCAGUGCCCGCUCAAGCCUACAUUCAUGAGAAUUCUGAGGGCCUCUGCUACAGCACCUUUCGGAAUGGCAAACAGCAUGAGAACGAGGCAGAGACCUGGGUCCUGGGUAACGUCUUCCUGAGGCUGUACAUCUCAGUUUAUGAUCGGGAAAAGUACAGGAUUGGCCUGGCUCCUGCAGUGUAA